AUGGCCACAACAGCCCCGCCCCUCCAGACCCAGUGCCGGCGCCCUAAGCCGGGUCUCGAAUUGCCCUCUCGAGACGAUAUCUGCUUUCGCCAUCCCGGUUAUAGCCAGAACAGCCUACUCAUAGCUCUCCCUCGCGUCGAUAGUACAAGAUCGAUUUCUCCCUACGGCUUACAUCAUAGAACAGCCCUGCUAGCAUGCCAGAUUAUCGCUAGGAAUGCCUUCGCUAACAGCUAUUUGUCUCUCGAUAAGGGGGUCAACAGCAAGUCCAGGUUGCUUUAUCCUAUCGUCCCUAGCUUUCAAGAUUGGGAGUUCCCCCACGACCGCAUCCCCGAUUACUUGGUCUGCGGUAUUACCAUCGCUGGGUAUGCCGUCGAAGAAGCCCAUCUUGUGCCAAAAGAGGAGAAACGUUGGUAUCAGGAGAAUGAAAUGCGAACGUAUACAAUGGGUGAUAUCAACAACCAAGGCAAUCUCCUUCCCAUGAGGAAGGAUAUACAUUACUGGUUUAACACCCGGUGGUUUAUUAUUGUUCCAAAGAUUGUCACCAUCGAUUCUUCCCUUCAGCUCUCCCUUCAGUACGUCACGCAUAUCAUUUCAGGGCCUGCAGCGGAAUUAUGGCCUACAUAUCACAACACCCUCGUCGAGUCCCUCCAUUUUAGGUCUCGCGCUUACCUCUUUGCCCGUUUCGCUUGUGCUAUCCUUUUCCAGGCCAAGCUCUUCGUCACCGCAGGCCAAGAUCGUCAAGUCAUCCAAGUCUCUAGAGAUAAAUUUGGCAAUGUAGAGUACAAGACAAAGUAUUGUACUGGGGAAGAUCUUGAGAACGCAUACGGCGGUGGAGGAUCAAAAACGGCAACCCCGCGAACUCUCGAGGUGGAGCUCAGGACAGCUUUACGCCAGAUCAUACCGCAGCAGGGUGUAGCCUCGGAAGACUAG